UCCGAUCCGGAUGUCGUGGAUUGGCGGCGGCGCCGGUGGCUCUCGUGCACGGAUAGUGGGGGGGGACACACCGCGAGAGAGUUUUACGUACCGAAAUGAAACUACUCGACGGAGAAAGUGAGAGCAGACGUAGCGGUGGACACCGACGAGACGACGAGCCAGGCGAGCAGGCGUUCUCCGGGCUCCCUCGACGAGAGAGGAUAGACGUGGUGCGAGGCCUCCACGCGAUGUGGAUCUUCGCCACCGUGUGAGUAACCGACACGCUUCAUCGGUCGUGCCCGAAGUGCUCGAUUCUUUUACGUCGAAAGGGAAAGAAAUUCUCCCCCUUGAAAUUGGAAAGAAAAAUCGGAGAAAUUGGAAAUUGGGAAAUUGAAGGACCUUCGUAUGACCGUCGUCGUCGGUUGUCUGUCGGGUGGAAGUGAGGAAAAAAAUAAAAUAAAAGAAGCACAUUACUGGUAAAACGAAUUGGCGGUCUGAAGACGUGAAGGAGAAGACACCCGUGACUUGACGAGUAUCAAUUCUUCAAAAAAACCCAGGCGGCAUUCCGAGGAUUCUUACGUGAUCUCGAGUCACGUAAGCCUUAGCUACUGAAGUGCGAUAAUAAUGGCACGAUAAUAACGGCCGAUAAUUAAUUAUUGGUAUAAUCGUUGUAUUAUUAUCGUAUAAUUUGUAAUAUCGAAUAUACGACACGACACAUCGUUAUCUCUCUGCAGUACUCUCUGUAAAUCUCUGUGUCUACUCCAUGUAAUCAAUCAUAGAAAACCGAGAAGUUUUUAAUUAUUUAUCGUGAUAAUACCGUGAGUGAUUUCGACGUAUAAAUUGGACGUUUCGUGGGAGACGUGAUCGUCGGAAGUCAGGAGGAUAAUCGACGGCGAAUAUACGACGAGGAACAUACCCCCGCCGUGAUACCUCCCCCGAAAGGACCACCUGUCGCAACGGUACCUUCAAUUGUGUUAUGGUGCUGAGGACUACCUCGGUAAGACGAGGCAGACGAAGAGGUCGCAGAAGAGAGGGCGGCAGGAACAGCGUCCUGGCGGGUUCCCUCUGAGAAAUCGCUCGCAUUGCUUCGAUCGGCCGAGGAGAAAUCCGGGAAGGUCACGUCUGGUGAAGCGCAAAAUAAUGGGUGCAUCGAAGCAGCGUCAUUGGCUUCUCGCUGCGGUCGUUCUGAGUCUGUCCUCGAGCUUGAUGGCGAGUGAGGUGCAGCAGUUCACCAACUCUGAGAGCCCUUCGGCUAUCGAUGUGCGAAGAGACGAGACCAAUCGUACAGGAAUGGCGGCGAUUCGCCGGCGAAGAUACGUGCGGUUUCCAACGGGAUCCGCUUACCUCUACGAGGGAGGCCCGUCGGCACACGGCAGGAAUCUUGAACCUCAUUCGACCGCGCGUUUCGUCCCGCAGUCCAUCAGCUCGUGGAGGCAACACAAGUCUCUAUGGAGAAGCCCCGUGACCGCCGAUUACAACAGGCCGGUUAUGUCUCACCGGACACCGCGAUUGAUAUUUCGCGACAACGAUUUCCUGCCGCCCAUCGGAGGUGGUGCAGCCUCUUUCUUCCAGCAGUCCAAUCAGCUGCCAGAUUUCGAGGACGAUGUUAGAGAUCUCCGGAAGCAGACGCCGGAGGACUAUCCCAGAUUGGAAACAGAGACGCGCCAACAAAAAAGACCGCUGUGGAAAGGCGACGAUACAUUGUGCGCGGACGGACGGAGCUGCGAAUUUUUUCUAAUGUGCUGGAUGACGGCUGGCCUAUUGGACGGCAGCUGCGGCGGCAUUAUGUUCGCGUGUUGUCAGCGGAGAGACCCUAAAGCUCUCACUGAUUAUAACCUGAUCGAGUCGCCUAGAGAUCAGUCUCGACCGCUUCCGCUGGAUUUGUACACGGAGACCGCCAGUGACGAUCAUUGCGGCAUACCGGUCGUCUCGAAACAAAUCGCCCAGAGGAGGAUCGUCGGCGGCGACGACGCCGGCUUUGGCAGUUUCCCGUGGCAGGCUUACAUACGAAUCGGAUCGAGCAGAUGCGGUGGCACUUUGGUCAACCGAUUUCACGUCGUCACCGCUGGACAUUGCGUUGCGAAAGCGACGGCGCGACAAGUUCAGGUUACCCUCGGCGAUUACGUGGUCAAUUCUGCGAGCGAAUCUCUGCCAGCUUACACGUUUGGAGUUCGAGAGAUCAGAGUGCACCCUUAUUUCAAAUUUACACCGCAGGCGGAUAGGUUUGACGUGGCUGUGCUUCGAUUGGACCGACCAGUCCAUUACAUGCCCCAUAUAGCUCCCAUAUGCCUACCAGAGAAAAACGAAGAUUUCUUGGGACAAUACGGUUGGGCUGCGGGAUGGGGCGCUUUGCAAGCAGGUUCCAGGUUGCGACCCAAGACGCUGCAAGCGGUAGACGUGCCCGUGAUCGAUAAUCGCCUAUGCGAGCGAUGGCAUCGAUCGAAUGGCAUUAACGUUGUCAUUUAUGACGAGAUGAUGUGCGCCGGUUACCGCGGCGGCGGUAAGGAUUCGUGUCAGGGUGACAGCGGAGGUCCGCUAAUGUUGGAGAAAACUGGUCGGUGGUACCUCAUCGGCAUCGUUUCCGCCGGUUAUUCCUGCGCGCAGCCCGGUCAACCGGGAAUCUAUCAUCGCGUGGCCAAGACCGUCGAUUGGAUCACGUACGUCAUAAACUCGUAGCGUGUCCUCGACCGCGGGAGAAUUAGCCCUCGGGGGAGCUCUGAGAACGCCUGAGCCGCGAAUUUUGCAUGACACAAAGUUCGGGCGGUUCUUCGUGCCGAGAGUGAUAGAAAUCCAGGAAGCCACGCGUCGCGUUUUCCAGAGACCAACGUGACGCGGGGAUAGAAAGCGAUUAACGAGAGGACUAAUUUAAAUCGAAGUUUCUCGAAGUUCGAAGAACGCGGAUUAUAACAACUAAAACAAAAUUAUUAGCCAUUUUAUCGAGAUGCAAAAAUAAUUUUAGAAUGAAAUCGUAACGUAUCGUAACGUGUCGUGUUGUGUAAUAUCGCGCAAUUCCGCGUUUCUACCAAUAUUGUUGCAAAAGCGAAACAAAGGACCGACGGUCCCUUUUAAAUAUAAUACGAUAUUAUAUAUAUAUAUAGGUAUCUCUACUGACACAGGCGGGUGGCGCAAGUGUGUUGUAACUGUAACGAUGUGUAACGAAUGCGUUGUAAAUUAUGCGUGUAUGAUAUACAUAUGAAUUUGCGUUUAAUAAAUACUCUGUUUUUGAUUUCAUUAUUGGCUGAUUAAUUAUUUUUUUCCUUUUGGUUCCUCUUAAUCGUAGCGGUACAUUGCGUGUUUCUGUUAAUUAAUAUACUGAUAUAUAUUUUAAUGCACUAUUCCACAUAUUAAUUAUAUAAGAUUAUAAUUAUGACUAGAGAGAGACUAUGCUAUAGCAAAAUAAUACAUAUAUUAUUAAAUUAAUCUGAAUUUUUA